ACAGCCGAGCGUGCCUGGGACGCGGAGGGGCGGGGCUCGGCUCGGACCCCAGCUUGCCCUGCCACCAGCUAGGCUGCCCUGCGGCGCAGGGAGCCUGCUUUGAGAGGGAUGGAGACAGGCGGCGUGGCGGACACACUCCUUUCUGGAGCUUGCGUGAUCUUUACCCUCGGCAUGUUCUCCACUGGCCUCUCCGACCUCAGGCAUAUGUGGAUGACCCGGCGAGUGGACAAUAUCCAGUUCCUGCCCUUUCUCACCACGGAUGUCAACAACCUGAGCUGGCUGAGUUAUGGGACCUUGAAGAGAGAUGGGACUCUAAUCAUUGUCAACGCUGUGGGUGCUGUGCUUCAGACCUCAUAUAUCUUGGUGUAUCUGCACUACUGCCCUCGGAAGCGUGCUGUGCUCCUACAGACAGCAGCCCUGCUGGGGGUCCUUCUCCUGGGUUUUGGCUACUUUUGGCUCCUGGUGCCCAGCAUUGAGGCCAGGCUUCAGCAGCUGGGCCUCUUCUGCAGUGUCUUCACCAUCAGUAUGUACCUGUCACCACUGACUGAUUUGGCCAAAGUCAUUCAGACUAAAUCAACCCAGCGUCUCUCUUUCUCACUGACCAUUGCCACCCUCCUCACCUCUGCCUCCUGGACUCUCUAUGGGUUUCGGCUCAGAGAUCCCUGUAUCAUGGUGCCCAACCUUCCAGGAAUCCCCACCAGCUUCAUUUGCCUCUGGCUUUUCUGGAAGUACCCUCAGGAGCAAAACAGGAACUGUCAGCUCCUACAAACCUGAGGCAGUUCACAUGACCACAGGGCACCUUAAUGCCAACUUGUUACCAAAGAGCUUCAGACCAACCUGUUUCAGCUGUGCCGGAUGACCAGCCCCGCAGGUGCCAUGGAUUAUGGGAAAGAAAAAGAGACAACUUUGGGAAUCUGGGGACCAAGGAAAGAGCUUUACUUAGAAGAUUGGAUGAGACCCGGGAGACAAAGCACUUAUUUUUUAGAGAUUAUAUUUUGUAAUUUUGGAGGCUGGGGGUGAAAUCUUUAGAAUGUGCCUUAAAAUAAACUGUUCCCUACCCCUGCC